AUGGCAAGAUUUCGUCUCCUACAAACUGGCGCCGAUCGACGCAGGCUCGCAGCACUUCCCCCAGAUCCAUCCUACAUGUCAUCACCCGUCAAGCAACCCCCCAAAGGGUCUCAGAAAGAUUACCCUUGGGACUCCCACCAAGAUGACAUCGUUGUCAACACCACCGAACUAGACACACCAGGCCGCAAGUUAGGAGUCGAGCACUACCGUCACCAACUCACUUUACGGAAGACGUACGAACAUAUCGCAACGAAUUUUACUGAAGAUCAACGGAAGAUGAUUCCCGAAGAUGCUUUACUCAUCCCCUGGUCACCCGCUUCUAAUAACGACAACGACAGCGACGACGACUACACAAAGACGAGAGCAGUCCACCUCUUCCAAUGGGACGAAGACACCAAACCCUACACUUCCCUUCCUAACCCGAACUAUAGCCGCUUCAACUACUCCGAGUCGAUCUACCGCGCAACAACUACCAACUCUGCCGUCUUCCUCGCCAUGAUCCGUAUCGCAGAACAAAAUCUCCCCUUCAUUGACUUCGACUCUGCAAUAACGCAUCUACCCAAUUUAGCUCCAGAUUCGCCUCUGCCAUCCCUCCCGUCUCCCAAGGAUUAUUGGGAUAAGAAGGGUAGGGGAAUGUUGAAGGCUAAGUCCACAGAAGACACACUAUAUGAAGACAAGAGAGGGGAUGAAAGCAUGACAGUGUUAUUCCUACCGAGGUUUUACAAGGACGGAAGACAUGCUGUGGGGUAUUAUGGUGUAGUGCCUGAUAAAGAUACGGAAAAGAAGUUGGGGAUGGGGGAUGUUGUGCAAGUGCUUUUCACUCCUUGUGUCACGGAAGAUCUAGAGAGGUGGGGGUUGGUGCAGUGGGUUCAUGGCGCGGACAGUUUUGAUGAAGCAAGGAGGCUAGAUGAGGCGGCUAGGAAGGAAGAGGAAGAGAAGGAGGAGGAAGCAGACGCGGAAGGUCGAGAGAGAUCAAAGGAAGGAGAGACAAAAAAGGAUGGGGACAAGGACAAAGACGUGCGUCGGGAUCAAGAUAACGAGCAUUUAGAUAUCGAGUAUAUGGAGUGUGUCGGGGCGAGAGGCGGAAAGUGGCUGGAGUUCGAUAUGGUGGAGGAUUAUGAUGAGUGGGUUGAGGGGUUCAGAGUUGUGAGAAGGAUCUGGGAGAAGAUGAUUAAGAGUGUGGUGUCGGAGGUGGAAGAGGGCGAAGCGCAGGUUCAGUGA